UGGCAUCUUCAUGAACUUGGUUACUUUAUUCUUGGUGUGAGCUGACAAUCAAGUAAUCUUGUACUUUAGUGGCUACAUUGGUCAUACAUUCAGAAAAUCAUCACUAUAGAGAAUCAUUUAGAUGGACUUUAAAUUGAAUGCCGAAAGUAAAGAUUCUUAUCUCACCUUUUUUCUCUUUCCAUCCCUUCUUUUGGAUGAAAACUGGUGGCUUGGGCUGACUAAACCCUCCUCUUGUUGUUAUAUUAAGAUGAUAAUAAUGAAUUAUCCUUAACUGCUCUGAUUAUAUCAAUCAAAUGUAUUCUUAGCACAUCUAUUAAAGUCUGCGAUGUGACCUUCAUAGCACGAUUGCCAUAUAUUCCAAGUACAUUUUUGUUUUAACAUCAAGGCGUUAUCCAUAACUUUUCAUUAAAAAACUGUGAGCUCGUUUGUAACAGCUGAAAUUAUGUAUGUAUGAAGUUUUUUCUUUGUCACAAGAUUAAAAGGUUAUAUAUUUUUUUAAAAAAUAAGUUUUCAAACUUUAUUCCUUUCCUUCUCCAGCCAAAAGCAACAAGAAACCACCAUAACUGUCCUUCCUUCUCUGCCUUAUUAAACUCUCAUCUUCCCUUCACCUACAAUCCCCUUCCUCUCCUUUUACCCUUGCCAUUGCAUUCAUGUCUUCCUCCUCCCCAUCCGCCGGUGCUCUCCACUCCCAACUCCAUCUCUACCAACACCAGACCCGUGCAGCUAGAACUCGUCUCUAUGCCCGCCGUGUCCGUGAAAGCUUCACUAGCCGCAUCGCCAUGUUUUUAUGCUCCAUCCUGCUCACCCUCCUUCUCAUCUCUGGUAUUAUCAUCCUUAUCCUUUGGCUUAGCCUUCGUCCCCACCGUCCCCGCUUCUACCUCUCCUCCUUCUCCGCCCCCUCUCUUUCCACCCUCUCCUUCGAUGUCUCUGAUCGUAAUCCCAACUCUAAAAUUGCUAUCUACUAUGACAACAUUAAUGCUACUGUGUUUUAUAAUGACCGUCAGCUAGCAACUGGCAUUGUCCAAUCUGCAUUCUACCAACCAGCAAAGAACACCACCGAAAUUCAUGGCCAGUUUGUCAUCGCCGGCGGGCAAGACGUUGCCAUUGAUGCAACUACGAAUCAGGUGACAUUGCGGCUCGAGCUCAAUACAGUAGUUCAAUUCAAACUAUCUACUUGGGACACUCAUCACCACAACAUGCAUGUAAGUUGUGAGUUUGCUGCAGGACCUAAUGGAAACCUCUUACCUGAGUUCCAAGGGGAGAGAUGCUCCCUCUACUUUGGUUAAUCACAUAACAUCAACAUAUUUGUUGUUAUUGGUUAUAUUGUCUU